AUGACGGAUUUUGAAAACGCCUCCCGUGGCUUCGUCGGUACUCUAGAGCCUGGUGUUAUCAAGACCCAAGCUGGCCGCCUUGCCUGGAACACCAAUGAGUAUGACUUCGUGCAAAGCGACAAGUGUCCAGACAGCGUUCAUCCAAAGCUAUGGCGACAAGCUCAGCUCUGCACCAAACACGGUCUUUUUGAGGUGGCCCCAGGUGUCUACCAGGUGCGCGGAUUGGAUCUGUCGAACAUGACCCUGGUUGAAGGCCAGAAGGGAGUGAUAAUCAUCGACCCUUUGAUCUCGAAUGAAUGUGCCGCAGCAGCGUUCUCUCUCUACAAGAAGCAUCGCGGUGAGCGACCCCUCACCGGGUUGAUCUACUCACAUUCGCACGUGGAUCACUUUGGUGGCGCCCGUGGUGUCUUACCAGAGGGGAUGGAGAAUAAGAUUCCCAUUGUCGCCCCCGAAGGCUUCAUGGAAGAAGCUACAAGCGAGAAUAUCUAUGUUGGCACAGCCAUGCGACGCAGAGCCAGAUUUAUGUACGGAUCAAGCUUGCCUCGGAACCCAGAAGGGCAAGUUGGAUGUGGACUGGGUAUGGCAACAUCACAAGGAACGACCUCGAUGAUUCCACCGAACAUGCUGAUCGGGACUACCGGCGAGGAGCGUGUCAUCGAUGGCGUUCGCAUCGAAUUUCAAAUCGUCUCGGGCACCGAAGCUCCCUCCGAAUUCAACUUUUAUUUCCCUGAAAGCAAAGCGCUGUACAUCUCCGAAUGUGCAACCCACUGUAUGCACAAUAUCAUUACCUUGCGGGGUGCACUGGUGCGAGAUUCCAAGGCCUGGUCGCAGGGCCUCGACGAAAGCUUGGUUCUGUUCGGUGACCGAGCGGCAGUGUUGUUCGCCGGGCAUCACUGGCCGACAUGGGGCCAACGGGACAUUGCUCGGCUACUUGCUGAACAGCGUGAUAUGUAUGCCUUUAUGCAUGACCAAACCGUCCGUCUCAUGAAUGAAGGACUCACUGGCGUUGAGAUUGCGGAGAAACUAAGCCUUCCCCCGACUCUUGAUAAAGCCUGGCACAUCCAGGGGUACUACGGUUCCCUUAGCCACAACAUCAAAGCUAUAUACCAGCGUUAUAUGACUUGGUUUGAUGGUAAUCCGGUGAAUUUGUGGAGACACACUCCGACUGAAGAAGGCAAACGAUAUGUUGCUUGCAUGGGCGGUGCGGAUAGGACCGUGGCAUUGGGAAAUGAAUAUGCCUCAACAGGCGAUCUUCGAUUUGCAGCAACCCUUCUUGGUCACGUUGUCGCUGCAGAGCCCAAGCAUACCCAGGCACGCAAGUCACUUAGCGAGGUUUUCACAAAACUUGGACACGGGGCAGUGAAUGCCACAUGGCGUAACUUUUACCUCACCGGAGCAAUGGAUCUCCAACAGGAUUCAACCCCAGCGAUACCUUCAGGAGGCACCCCACCGGGCCUCAAUCCACUAAUGAGCGUGGAUCAAUGGCUGAGUGGAAUUUCCGUCCAGAUCGACGGACCCCGCGCAGCCAGCGAAAACAUUGUCAUUGACAUUAAGCUUAUUGAUCAAGGCCAGACUUGGCGCUUAAUUUUGAGCAACGGCGCUUUGACAUACCGUGUGGCAUAUAAUGAUGCGCCUUUCUCUGGUGAAGCGGGUUUGCAUCUGAUGGCAACCAAGGAAGAGUUGGGGCAGCUGCUUCUGGCCAAGAUGAAACCCGAGGCUAAGGCUUUCAAGGGUGAUUUGCAACUGUUCCACAAGUUAUUGAAAUAUCUGCCAUGGGCAACUAGUAUAGAGAGUCGAUUAUAG